GAGAGAGAGAGAAAGAGAGAGAGAGAGAAAAGGGGGAUAAGAGAAGGGGAAAGGGGGGGAGAUAUAGUAAAAGAGAGCAUGAAGAGACUGUAGACAUUGUGAACAUUUUUCAAAGUUUAGCAUCAUUUGUGCCGGAUGAGAAAUAAGCAACAAGUGCACUGUAAACGUUAACACGUUUUCGGAACUAAAUUCGAGCCCUUGCGAUACGGUCAUAUGUUCAAAAGAAAAGAAACAGCUCCCAGCCACUCACCCUCUGUCACUCGACUUCACAUCCAGCCAAUCGGAUGGCCUUGACUCAGGCUGUGCUGCCAUCCUUCAGCUCCUUCUCAAACUUAUUUCACUCCAAUGACAAUAUGAAGGGUUUGAAUAUCAAUGAGGUGAGGAUGUUUGAGGAUGUUUCACUCAGUCUGGAGUCACCAAGCAAGAGACAGUUAACUGGCAACACGAACCAGGAACAGGUGACUCAGCCAAUGACAAAGGAUAACCUAGAUGAUGAGGGCAAUGUCUCCUGGGACAUGGAGCUCCUACUGUCGGACUGGACCAACAUAUCACCUGAAAUGAAUCCGUCCAUGCACAACAACACUCAACAGCUUCCUCAGCUGGACCAGAGUGGACUGUACCAAGAUGGAGGGGUGCCAGAGCAGCAGGUAGCCCCAGAAAGGCUCCAUAUGGGCACCAGUAGCCUCAUGAUUGAGCUUCUAUCCCCUAUAGAAACGAUUGAUGUAUCCCUCCCAGAACUGUACAACACUGGGUACAGCAAUGACCAACAACAAGCGCAACCAACUGUGGACCAUUAUGGUUUCCCGUUUGCCCAAAACCAGGAGAGACACCAUGAGAGAGCCAAUAUAGGCCUGAACAAGGUCAAAUCCUGGGACUUUACGGGACACUACUACCCUCAACACCCCUCGAUGGUGACCAGCCCCAACCCCCGGUUUAUCCAAGCCUCGAACAUGACCCCUGACCCCCGACACUACAGCUACGUCCCUGGGUACUCCCUCCACCCCGGCCUCUACCGCCACCCGGCCAAUUACACACACAGCCAACCCCCAAGCCAAUUCCCCCACUCGCAGACGCACCUGGCUGGCCCUAUGGCCCCCUCUGCAGGGGUGGAAGGGAAGCGCGGCCGGAGGUCAACCACAAAAAAGAGAGCUGCCGUUCAUUGCUGUGAAUACCUCGGCUGUAGCAAGACCUACACCAAGAGCUCCCACCUUAAAGCUCACCUUCGCACUCACACAGGGGAGAAGCCCUACCACUGCACCUGGGAGGGCUGCGGGUGGAAGUUUGCACGCUCUGAUGAGCUGACGCGUCACUUCCGCAAGCACACCGGCCAGAAGCCGUACGAGUGCCUGCUCUGUCAGCGGGCCUUCUCCCGCUCCGACCACCUGGCCCUGCACAUGAAGAGACAUGCCUGAGCUGGAAGGGGGGGGGGAUAGACACACCGUAUGCUCUUUUUGUCUCGCACACAGACACACAGUAUUCUCGUGGAGCGGGGAUCACACACACCCACAUUUACACACACACACAUACAUCAGAG